ACAUUAGUUGCUAAGGAUUAAAUGACUUCUGUGUGAUGAUAUAUUUCAAUGUUGUGUAAUGUAUUUAAGAUCUGAAAUGGCCGUGCCAAAACAACCCAUGACUCAUUCUAGGAAUAAUGAAAACCUUGUUAGCUGUUCCCUCCCUACCUCUCUUCAUCCUCACCAUUUUUGUCUUGUCCAUCCCUACAACAACCGUGGCAACACCUAAACCGGUAGCCAUUAAACUCAUCCACCGUGACUCCAUCCAUUCCCCGUAUCAUAGUCCCAAGGCAAACGCCAUAGAUCGCAUGGAACGAGCCGUGGAAGUAUCGAUCUCACAGUUGCAAAGAAUUACAACCAUGGAUGAUGCUAUUCAGGCCAACAUUCUCCCUAGUAUUAACAGCUUCAUGUUCCUUGCAAACUUGUCCAUUGGACAACCACCUAUCCCUCAAUUCACCAUCAUGGACACGGGAAGUAGCCUUUUAUGGGUUCAAUGCCUCCCUUGCCCCCCUUCGACUGGAAUCCUUGCCAUGGAACAAGUCACAUUUGAGACAUCAGACGAAGGCAUAAUCACCGUGCCCAAUGUGGUAUUUGGAUGCGGUCACAACAAUGGAAAUUUCAAAGAUGGCCGCACAAGCGGUGUGUUGGGACUUGGCUACAAACCAGUAUCAUUGGUUAGUCAUUUGGGUUCGAGGUUCUCUUAUUGCAUCAGCAAUCUGUUUGACACUACCUAUAGUCACAACAAGUUGGUUCUAGGUAGUGGAGCUAAGUUGGAAGGAUAUUCAACACCUUUAGAAGUGAUUAAUGGACAUUACUACAUCGAUCUUCAAGGCAUUAGCAUAGGAGAAAAGAGGCUCGACAUUGAUCCAAGCAUAUUCAAAACGAAAUCAAAGAACAGAAGUGGAGUAAUUAUUGAUUCGGGCUCCCCAGCAACAUGGCUAGUCAAGGAAGCCUACGAGACACUUCAAUCCGAAGUUCAGAACCUGUUAGAUGUGAGGCUGACGAAGCUUUUAUUUGAGCCAUGGCCGUUGUGUUACCAGGGAAUAUUGAGUCAAGACCUUAUUGGAUUUCCGGCCGUGACAUUCCACUUUGCCGAAGGAGCCGAUUUGGUAUUAGACAUUGAGAGCUUGUUUUUCCAGAGGCGGCAGUAUGAGGUCUGCAUGUCUGUGUUUCCUAGCCAUGCCAUCCGCACGGAUUUGUCUUUAGUUGGAAUAAUGGCUCAACAGAAUUACAACAUAGCCUAUGAUAUUCCUGGUAAGAAGUUGUAUUUUCAGAGAAUUGAAUGUGAACUCCUCGACGAUUAAAUAUUAUUACGUAAUAUUGACAUGUU